AUGUCCUCCCCCACCACACACCACAGCAUCCCUUUCUCCUACAAACUCCUUCCCAUCACUGCCACCAGCUAGCCCAUCACUAUUUAACUUUCUCCAAAUUUUGCAUAUCAACUUCUCUCUUAUCACAUAGUUAAACACUCACAAUGUUCUCCUUAGCACAACACAAGUACCUACCAACCUUACACCAUCACCAACCUUGCACAAACCGACCAUCCCUCCACGCAGUUCGCGUGUCUUGCUCCACAAGACCCUCCGAUCCCACACCAAAUGUCAAGCACUUAAUCAUCAAGCCCCGCCUCUCGCCACCACUACCAGUCGCAGCCACCACCACCGCAACCACCCGUCCCACGGACAACGACCCGAGCUUGAUAUCAGACUGGUCCCACCGUGCAUGGACCACAGCAGGGUGCACAAUCAUCUUGUACACCCUGGCACAAUCCAUGAACGGUGCGAACAACCUGCAAACACAAGUCGCCCUAGUAUUCGCCGCGUUCGCCGGUUAUAUCACGGCAGAUCUCAUUACUGGGAUCUACCACUGGGGCCUUGACAACUACGGAGAUGAGUCCACACCCGUCUUCGGCCCUGCCAUUGACAACUUCCAAGAACACCACAAGUGGCCCUGGGUGAUCACUAAGCGCCAGUUCGCAAGAAAUCUCCACGCGCUGGCACGUAGCGUGACUCUCAUCGCGCUCCCAGUAGAUCUCAUCUUUCAUGACCCUGUUCUCCUAGGGUUCAUGGGGUGGUGUCUCGGGUGCGUGAUGAUGAGCAGACAAUUCCAUUCAUGGGCGCACUACCCGAAGAGCCGCCUCCCUAAGGUGGUGGUGGCGUUGCAGGAUGCUGGGGUGCUUGUUGGGCGGAGCAUGCAUGCGGAGCACCACCGGCCACCGUACGUGACGAAUUACUGCAUCGUGAGUGGGGUUUGGAAUCCAGUGUUGGAUAGGUUCAAGUUCUUUGAAGCCAUGGAGAAAAUCUUGUAUCGAAUGUUUGGGGUUAGACCAAGGUGUUGGGAUGAUCCUGCUGCUAAUGGGUGGUUGGAGGAGAACGAUGAGCAGGAAGCUUCUCAUAUCAAAGCAUAAAUUUCAAAAAAAAAAUAAACAAAAAAUUGUUAUUGUCCUUUUUCUUCUUUUUUCUGAGGGAUCUAUCUAUUGUUACGUUGCUUAUGGCUGCUGAUUGUUAUGCGAUCGAUAUCAUGUGUCUCUCUGUUUGUUUGUAUCAUAAAAAAUGUAAGAAUCAAAGUUGUUAAUCAGGUUGUAUAUUUGCAAGUGGAUUGAUACUGUCUAAUGUAAUAAUAUAGUACGUUUGAUUGAGAUGUUGAUUAAAAUAAUUUUGAACUUA